AUGAAUUCAAUGAAUUCAGCAAAUGUGGUCAGUGACAGGUCACGAACCUCUCACGCAAGCAUGGGGAAGGGCUUCGGAAGUAGCAACGGAAGCUGGAGCAACAAUAACAUCUGGGGACGAACAUUCGAUGACCAACACAACGCAGAGAAUGCGUUUGAAGGCAAGGCUGGUUCAAGCUCCUUGUUGUCGACAUCGACAUCCGAGUCCGACGGUUGGAACACCAGGCCCAACCUUCCAUGGGGUACGAUCAAUACACCUGGCAGCGCACUGUCGAGGGGCCCGAAUAGCGGUAUGACGACUUCACCCGUUCAGACCCGGACCAAUGAUCGCAGCGCCGCCGCUCUAUCGGACGCAGCCGAAGCAUCUUCAUAUUUUGCCCUGUCAAAGUCAACAGUUAGCGGCUCUUCCGGUAGCACGGCUCACCAACCUUACUUGAAUGGGAGAACUGAAGGCAUAUCUCCUUCCAGUGACGGUAUUUCGCUUGGGAACUUUGGAGGGUUUCGCAAUAAUGAUGGUAGACGGCACGUCAACACAGCUACAUUUACCAGUAGCCCUGUGGGCUCGAGCUUCCCAAUGAAGCCUGGAUUUCCCAACAUUGAGAGCAAUAGAGCGGAGGAAGUGCCUUCGUCAAUGGCCAUGCCAGGUGUUCCUCAAGCUCUGCCCGAUUUCAUGCCCCAGCACGUCAGUCGCAAUUCCUAUGCACAUGUCCCACACAACUCUGCGUCCUUUGCGCCGGCGAGACCGCCACACUCCUCCUACCCAUCAUUCCACUCCGAGUCUCAGGGAUAUGAAGGCAGAUCGGGAUCAGUGGACAUCGGUGCUGGAUUAGGCAAGCUACAGCUCAACGAGAGUAGCAUCGCUGCGCAGACUGCCGGCCGCCCGGGCUUUGUCACUCAUCAAUCAUACGACAAUGCUGUCCAGCGACUUAAUUAUCAGAGCGCCAGUGAUGAUAUUAACUAUCAGCUUGCCACCAAUUACGGGAAUGAGAAUGUGACUGCAGACUUGCCACUUGCUUAUCAGACCGUCAGGUCGCGUGUCGCGGAGGGUCAUCCUUUGUCACCCGUUGAGUAUAAUCGGAUGGAGAGCCCAUUUUACGGACACGAUAAUGGCGCCCAUUACCGAAACUCAUCUGCAAGCCAGCUGCCCGAGAAUCCGGCUGUGGUGUUGAGCCGAAUGCGCGCUGAUCAUGAGCUUGCUCAGCAAUCCGCAAACUCUCUUCAGCGUGCCAACUUCAGUCCCGGUUACGAUAUCAAUGUGAACGGGUAUCCAGCAGUUCAGCGAGUGAAUGGCAUGUCUGGGUUAUACCACCCUGCCGCCCACCUUGGUGCAGCCGCUCUCCUCCAAAGGGGACAACGCGAGGACCUCUCUUCGCAGGUUGCCCGGAGCCCUGUCCUGGAGGAUUUCAGAGCCAACAGCAAGGGGAACAAACGCUAUGACCUGAAGGAUAUAUACGGUCAUAUAGUCGAAUUCAGCGGUGAUCAGCACGGGUCACGUUUCAUCCAGCAGAAACUCGAGACUGCCAACAGUGACGAGAAGGAGCAGGUUUUCCGGGAAAUCCAGUCGAACAGCUUGCAGCUGAUGACGGAUGUUUUUGGGAAUUACGUGGUGCAAAAGCUUUUCGAGCACGGCAACCAGACUCAGAAGAAAGUCCUCGCCAAUCAAAUGAAGGGGCAUAUUCUUUCUCUUUCUACCCAGAUGUAUGGGUGCCGUGUGGUGCAAAAGGCCCUCGAACACAUCUUGACUGAUCAACAAGCUUCCAUGGUCAAAGAGCUUGAGUCGAGUGUUCUCAAGUGUGUACGAGAUCAGAAUGGUAACCAUGUGAUUCAAAAGGCCAUUGAGCGAGUACCGUCCGAAUAUGUGCAGUUCAUCAUCAAUGCCUUCAAGGGUCAGGUGGAGAAACUGUCGGCCCACCCAUACGGAUGCCGCGUCAUUCAGCGCAUGCUGGAGCACUGUGAGCAAGCCGAUCGCGAAUCCAUCCUGGCCGAAUUGCACCCUUGCACCGCCAAACUCAUUUCCGACCAAUUUGGUAACUACGUGAUUCAACAUGUCAUCGAGAAUGGCGAAGAGAAGGAUCGGUCGCGCAUGAUCAAUGUUGUCAUCGGCCAGUUGCUCACUUACUCGAAACACAAGUUUGCCAGUAACGUCGUGGAGAAGAGCAUUGAGUUUGGGGAGCAAUCUCAACGUCGACAGAUCAUCGACACUUUGACCAGUGUCAAUGAUCGGGGUGAUUCCCCCCUUAUCGGCUUGAUGCGUGACCAAUACGGCAACUAUGUCAUCCAGAAAAUUCUUGGUCAACUACAAGACUCGCCCGAGGAGAAAUAUGCCCUUGUGAUGCGCAUCCAGCCGAUGCUUGAUCAGCUGAAGAAGUACAGUUACGGGAAGCAGAUUGUUGCCAUUGAGAAAUUGAUCGUUGGGAUCCACCCUGGUCCCGAGGGGCCCGUCCCUCACACAGCCACCUCGACCACCCCGCCGAACUCGCAUAAAUCCUCUCCCCAGCCGUCGAAGCGUGCAGUCAACGGAGUCGAAAACGGCCGGGUUCCCGUUGGAGCCGCGCCUCCAACACCCCCUCCGACUGAUAGCCAAAGCGGCGCAGAUAGCUCUUCCGAGUUCAAGAAUAUCCCCAAGGCUACGGUGACCUCGCUGGCUGAAUCCGAAUCAGCCGAGGCGGACUCAAGCGCCUCGGUUGAAGUCUCUGGGGCGACAUAG